AUGCAUGAGUUCUGUAAUAUCAGUUCUAAUAUUGUUAGUAUAACAGUCAUUAAAAGCACAUUCAACGAGUAUGGCGAACAAUAUUUUGUUGCGAUGGAUAAUAAUUUUGUCAAGGAUGUAAUCACUAAUAACCCUCUAAAAGGAAUUCAUGAUGGUAUUUGGAUUCUUAAAUCAGACGAAGCAAUUAUGGGCUCAGUACACCUUACUAUAGAUGCCUCCAAAAAAUUCUUAAAUCAAUCAGCAUACAAUCAAUCAGCAUACUUUGAUAAUUUAUUGAAUGAACUUGCUGUUAAAGUGCCAAUAAAUCGUUCUCGUUUAAGUUCAAAUAAUAGAUUCUAUAAAGUUUUUAAUGAUCAAAUCGUUAUUUUAAUUCGUAUAAAUACUGCAAAUAAUGAAACUGAAAGAACUGCAUUGGAUAUAUUUUCAGACUUAAACACUAUGAUAAUUUACAAGAAUAUCACCACCUUCUCUUUAGGUGUAACAAAUGAUUUGGACCAAGAUUACGGUUUUAAACCAAUUUGUGAGUUAAUUAUCUCGUUCAAAAAUACUUCAGAAUUGAAUUUUUAUGCCUAA